AUCGUGGUGCAGCCGUAACUGAAGGGAGAAAGAGCAUUCGUGUCCGUUUCCAAAGGGACAUCGACAAACAACAACAAACAGCUGUCAAAAGUGACAGCUCGCCGAGCAUUCGUUUUCACGUGUUUUGUGGUGCGUUCGCGCGUGUUUACGUGAUUUUUGCUUCGAAAUAUCGCUAAAUAUGACGAUGGAAAGCGACGAUGAGUUUGAGCAGCUUAACACCAGCCUUUUAAGCGAUCUGCUGACCAAGAAGGGUUUCCAGCAGCAGGCGAAAGCCGCUGAUAAAUCUGCCAGUGAAGAUGAAAUUUCAAUCAAGUCGGAGAGUGACACGGAGACGGAGCAAGGAAUGCCGGCUCCUUCUGCAGUGGAACCUACGCUUGGCGAUGUGACUAUUAAGUCAGAACCAGAAUCGCUAAGUGAUGAUGAUUCGGACGAUGGCGGCAAAAAUGCUGUCAUCUCUAGCUACAUCAAGACACUCAAAUCGACAAUGGGAUACGCGGAUACGUCGGAUGAAUCGGCCAACGAAGAGGAGGAAGUAUCUAUUAAGUCUGAAUCCGAAACGGAGACCGAGUUGCAACAGGAUGAGCAGGAGGAUUCAGACGAUGAUAAAGAGCGAACCAUGGAUAGUAUAAAGUUGAAGGAAGAAAAGGAGGAUCAAGCGCAAGCUGUUUCAAGCGUAGAUGCUGAGCAGGAUAUAUCUAAGCUUGUAUUUGGUGGCAAAGCGCCGCUUAAGAAAGAGAAAACUUCAUCCCAAGAUGCACGGAAACAGUCAAAACAAAAACCGAAAAAGAAAAAAGCCACAACAGAGGUGAAGGUCGAUAAGCCAAAUUCAAUCAUGGAAAGGGAGCUUAUGUCGCUUGUAUUCGGUGGUAAAGCUGCCCUUGUGUCGAAGCUUACCAAGAAAGGAAAGCAGAAACAGCAGAAAGAUGAAGUUACAGCUGAAGCUUCAACAGUAGGCAAAACGGGAAGCAAACCAACGACAAAACGGCGGGCCGCCAUUUGGCACGAUUCGGAUGACGAUGAUGAGGAGGACUCGUCGAAUGUGAAGCGCAAUAAGUUCAGCCGCGAAGAGCUGCCGGACCAGCUGACGAACGAAAGACGGCGAAAGCAGUUCGAGCAGAUUGUCGGCAAGCCAAAGUGGGCGGAUUUGAACCGCGACCGUGAGGUAGAUUCCGAUGACGAGAUCCUGCAGACCGUUGGACACGUCGUGAAGGGGACGGCAUCGCAGGGGCUACCGAAGGGUAUGAUCGAGCUGAAAAAGUUGAAAAACUUAAACCGGGAAACGAAAGCGGAAGGAGAGAUUACGGCCAUCAAUUUCCAUCCCACGUCGAUGGUGGCGAUCAUCGCCGGCAAGAGCGGGCUGGUGUCGAUCGUCACGGUGGAUGGAGUGCGAAACGAGAAGCUGCACACGAUCUUUCUACCGAAGAUGCGCGUUGUUUGUAGCAGUUUAUCGCCGGAUGGCAAUGAAGCCAUUUUCGGGAGUUACCGCAAGUUCUACCAUGUGUACAAUUUGAUCAGCGGCCAGAGCGACACGCUGAAGAUUCCGGAGCGAGAGACGUGGUUGAUGAAAAACUUUCGAGUGUCUCUUUGUGGCAAGUAUAUGGCCUCGGCUGGCGAAUGUGGCGAGGUACAUCUGAUGAGCGCUAAAUCGAAGGAAGUACUGCAAACGAUCCAGCUGCGCUACCCGUGCCAAUCGCUGGCAUUUACGCCCGACUCCCGGCACCUGCUGUGCCACAGCAAGGAUACGGAAGUGUCCGUAUUUAGCUUGGUGGAGAAGCGGAUAGUGAACGUGUUCCUGGACGAUGGUUGCGUAAAUGGAUCGUGUAUCGCGGUCUGCCCCAAUGGGCAGUUUGUGGCAACCGGUAGCCGACAGGGCGUCGUCAACAUCUACACGCUGGAGGUGACACUGUCCCAGAAACAGCCGGUACCGCUGAAAACCAUAAACAAUCUGACCACGUACAUCGAUUCGCUUACGUUUAAUGCGACCUCCGAGCUGUUGGCGAUUGCAUCGUCCACCGUUAAAAAUGCGAUCAAGCUGAUCCACGUCAAGAGCGCAACAGUGUUCCGCAACUUCCCGCUACCGAUGACCAACAUGGGUCACAUAACGACGAUCGCAUUUUCGCCUUCCGGAGGAUAUCUCGCCCUGGGCACGAAGCAAAGCACGGUGCUGCUGUUCAGAGUGAAACAUUAUCCCAACUAUUAGACAUUAAAAAUAAAGCGCCUGGCUGUACACCUGUUUAGCGCAUUA